UAAAUAGUAACUAACUUCACGAUUGUGUACAUUGUACAAAAAUCACUAUAAAUGUGGUUCCAUAAAUUAUAUAGAACAAUACUAAAAUAUUAAUUAUUGAAAUAAUUUUUUGUAAUAACUGUGAUAAUAACAAUAAAUAUGUCAGAACACGGAGCUGCUCUUCAAACUUAUAAUCAAGAACUAGUUAAAUGUUUAGAAGAUUUAAGAUUAAAAAGGGAGAAAUUACAAACGAUUAUCGAUGGUGAAGAAAAUAAUAAGAAUAUUUUAGAAAAGAAUAUAAAAGCUUUACAGGAUAAACUUCAUGUUGUGAAUACAAAUCUAAAUAAUCACAGAGAUAUUAGAGAUAAUUACGAUAGAAUGAUAAAAGACGCAGAAAAUGGUUUUAAAAAGAUUUUAGAUAGUUCUCAAACUUUGCUCAACUUGGUACAACAUGAAGCUAGUUCUUUAGAUAGUCGCAUUGAUAAAAUUAAAAUAAAUGAUUAAAGGAAUUUGUUUAUUGAAAUAAACCAUUUUUUAAUUGUUA